AUGAGUGCUCAGUUAAUAGACGGUAAGUCCUGCGCACAGGCGAUUCGCUCUGAAGUGGCUCAAGAGAUUGUUGAUAUCAAGUCUAGGGAUCCAUCUUUCAAGCCUUGUCUGGCUAUUGUUCAAGUAAGUGAUAGACAGGACUCUAGUACUUAUGUGCGUAUGAAAUGUAAGGCUGCUGCAGAAGCCGAUAUCAAGACAGAGUUUGUUCACUUAAAUGAAGAUGUUUCUGAAGCUCAAGUACUAGAAAAAGUUUCAGAGCUGAACGAAGAUCCUUCCAUUCAUGGUGUCUUAGUGCAGCUACCUCUACCAGCUCACAUCAAUGAGGAUAAGGUUACUUCAUCAGUCUUAGCUCGUAAAGACGUUGAUGGAUUUGGUCCCUUCAACGUUGGUGAAUUGAACAAAAGAAGCGGUAAACCGUUUUUCUACCCUUGUACUCCACUAGGUAUUAUUGAGCUAUUAAAAAGAUACGAAAUAACCAUUUCCGGUACUAAAUCUGUUGUCAUUGGUAGAUCCGAUAUUGUGGGUUCACCAGUAGCAGAAUUACUUAAAUCUUUGGAUUCUACAGUUACUGUUGCACAUUCAAAGACCCAAAACUUGGAAUCAUACUUAGAGGAUGCAGAUAUUGUUGUCGUGGGCAUUGGUUGUGCCCAAUUUGUUAAAGGUGAAUGGUUCAAGAACAAUAAAAGAGGUGUUGUAGUUAUCGAUGUGGGAACUAACUAUGUGGAGGAUCCAAGUAAGAAAUCCGGUUACAGAAGCGUUGGUGAUGUUGAAUUCGAAGAGGCACUCAAGUACGUUAGACUGAUCACACCGGUUCCAGGUGGUGUGGGUCCCAUGACCGUUGCCAUGUUAAUGAAGAACACCUUGACUGCAGCUAAGCGUGAAUGGGAGAAUGGUGGAAAGUUACGUAAAUUCGAACCAUUGCCAUUGAAUUUACAAAAACCUGUUCCAUCUGAUUUUGAAAUUUCUAGAGCUCGAAAACCAAAGGACAUUUCUGAGGUUGCAUUGGAAGCUGGUAUAUUACCUUCAGAAUUGGAACCAUAUGGAUCUACAAAGGCUAAAGUUAAUCUGAAAAUAUUGGAUCGUUUGCAAAACAGAAAAAACGGGAAAUACGUUCUUGUCACUGGUAUUACACCAACACCAUUAGGUGAGGGUAAAUCCACUACUACUGUUGGUUUAGCCCAAGCCUUGGGGGCACAUUUGAACAAAACUGUCUUUGCUAAUGUACGUCAACCAAGUAUGGGUCCCACUUUUGGUAUUAAGGGUGGUGCUGCUGGUGGUGGUUAUUCACAAGUGAUCCCCAUGGAUGAAUUCAACCUGCACGUUACUGGUGAUAUUCAUGCUAUUUCAAUGGCAAAUAAUUUGUUGGCAGCUGCCAUUGACACUAGAAUGUUUCAUGAAUCUACUCAAAAGGACGGUCCACUUUACAAGCGUUUAGUGCCUGCUAAGAAAGGUGUUAGAAAAUUCUCCAAAACCAUGUUGAAAAGAUUGGAGAAAAUGGGUAUCGACAAGACUAACCCAAAUGAUUUGACACCAGAAGAAAUUACUAAAUUUGCACGUUUAGACAUUGAUCCUGAAACCAUUACUUGGAGAAGAGUGGUGGAUUGUAACGAUAGAAUGUUGAGAGGGAUUACCAUUGGUGAGGCUCCUACCGAGAAAGGCCAUACAAGACAUACGGCAUUUGACAUUUCAGUGGCCUCAGAAUGUAUGGCUAUUCUUGCCUUGAGUAACUCUCUACAAGAUAUGAGAGAAAGAUUAGGACGUAUAGUGGUUGCCGCAUCAAAGAGUGGUGAACCAAUUACUUGUGAGGACAUUGGUUGUGCUGGUGCCAUGACUGCACUUUUGAAAGAUGCUAUUAAACCCAACAUCAUGCAAACCUUAGAAGGUACACCUGUGUUUGUCCAUGCAGGUCCUUUUGCCAAUAUUUCCAUCGGUGCAAAUUCUGUAUUGGCUGAUAAGAUGGCGCUAAAAUUAGCUGGUGUAGAUCCAGAGACUCCGGUAGAUUUGCAAAAGAACAGAUCGGGUUAUGUGAUUACUGAAGCAGGUUUCGACUUUACCAUGGGAGGUGAAAGAUUCAUCAAUAUCAAGUGCCGUUCAUCAGGUUUGAUACCAGAUGUUGUAGUAAUUGUGGCAACUGUAAGAGCAUUGAAAGUUCAUGGUGGUGGUCCUGAAGUUAAGGCUGGUGCACCAUUACCAAUAGAGUAUUUACAAGAAAAUGUGGAUUUAUUACGCAAAGGUUGUGCUAACCUCGGUAAACACAUUGAAAAUGCUAAGCAGUAUGGAUUGCCAGUGGUGGUUGCCAUUAACAAGAUGGCUUCAGAUACUGAUUUGGAGCAUCAAGUUAUCAAAGAAGAAUCCUUGAAAGCAGGUGCAUUUGAUGCGAUCGUAUCUAACCAUUGGGAACAAGGUGGUCUUGGGGCCAUUGAAUUGGCUGAAGGUAUCGUAAAGGCUACGAAUGAAAUCGAUUCUAGUAAAUUUGAUUUCCUAUAUGGAUUACAAGGUACUGUUGAGGAUAGAAUUCGUGAAAUUGCCCAAAAGAUGUAUGGUGCGGCAGAUGUAGAAUUUUUGCCAGAGGCACAAAGGAAGAUUGAGUUGUACACUAAGCAAGGCUUCGCUCACUUACCAGUAUGUAUUGCAAAGACUCAAUACUCUUUGUCUCAUGAUGCAAAUUUGAAGGGUGUGCCAAAAGGAUUUGUCUUCCCCGUGAGAGACAUUAAAGCUAGUGUUGGUGCAGGUUACUUGUAUGCGCUUGCAGCCGAGAUUCAAACUAUCCCAGGUUUACCAACCCAUUGUGGAUUUAUGAAUGUGGAAGUGACCGAAGAUGGUGAAAUCGAGGGAAUGUUUUAA